AUGCAAUUCAAGACUGUUACCACUCUCGCCAUCGCCUCGUUGGCUGUCGCUGCUCCCAUGGCCUGUCAAGAUGGCUCUUGUCAACAAGGCGGUGCUAUCCAAGGCGGCCAAGCUGGUGGCAGCCAACAAGGCGGUAGCUCCACCACCGUGGUUGAAGAGGAACAAGGUCAAUCUAAGUUGAACAACCCCUUGGGUCCCGUGGGUGCCAUUGCUGCUGCCAUCUGGGGUUGUGCCAUGUCGAUCUUGGGCACUGCUUAA